UACAUGUGUACUUCCUCUUUCGCUUUCAAAGUCCGAAAAAGAUGCGGAAUUAUUUGGCUGAGAUCUUUUUAUAUAUAGCAUGCCCUCUUACGACUUGACAAAGACAGUAAUUUAAAGAAUGAACGAGUCGGAUAGAAAAUUGUUUCAAGCCAUUUAUCUUCGCUUUGUGGAAAGGGUUGAUCCAAGUGAAAUGUUGGGAUAUAUAACAUGUCUGCCAGAGCAUACAAGGGAUAUUAUAAGAAAUUCUCAAACUUGUUACAAUGGAUCCAGAAACUUAGCAGCUCAGAAACUGUUCGAAGCUCUCAAGUGUCGUCCAGAUGGCUUACAAAAUGCUGCGAGUGCCCUUCGUCAGUGUAAAUGUGAAGAUCUAGCUAAUGAACUACAACACGCACCAGGGCAACACAAUCGUGUCAAUCCAGGAUGGUCUCACAGAGCACAAGAGCCAAUGGCAGCUAAUUUACCGCCAGUGGGAGCAAAUUAUUCAAAUGUCCUAGGCAAUUACCAUGCAAUACAAAUGGCCGAUGCUUCAACAAUUCAGCAGAACCAAGCCUCAUUUAGGCCAAACGAAACAGACAGGAAUGAGGCUCCAUAUGGUAGCAAUAGAUACCCAAAUAGUUAUGCUUCACCAGGAUACCAGAAUCAGACUCCUCGCGAGCUUUAUGUACCAGGCAGGGAUACGGUUCCAAACUCCCAAUAUAAUGGUAUGUCUGCUUCAUAUCCAGGAGCUUCAAAUGUUGGUUUGCCUAGGCCCACCUGGUCCAUGUCACAAGGGCCUCAGCAAGGUCUCUAUUCAUUGCAACAACAGCCUGUUUACCAGCAUCAGUCGUUCAGGGUUGAGUAUGAUAGGAGUUCACCGUCAGCCCAUUCCGCUCCUGCCAUGUCGGAAUUUCCAAACAACCUACAAGGUAAUCAAGCUGCACAAAACGUUGGUGAUAAAGAACCAUCGAUGGAAUCUUUUAAGAUGUAUAGGUCACAGAGUACUAGCACCGUUAUUGAAGAGAAAAACGAUUUGAAUAGAGCGAUGUCUUUUACAGAACUUUUGAAUACAGCGAUAUCUGAUACAGACAAUGAAGAUUCCGAUUCCGAUUUUACAGAAAAGAAAAAUAUUGAACAAGAGGAGAAUAGUUCAUCUCUACCAGAGUCUAAUGCAAGUAAAAUUAUUAAUAACCAGGAAAACGCUGAAUUCAGGCAAACACUGACGAAUAAUGAAGUUGGCAUAGAAAAACAAGAAAGUUUAAGAAUUACCGAAGGAAGUUUCGAAUAUGUUCCAGAUAAACCACAAGCAACUGGUUUUGAUUCCAGCGAGACUACGCUUAAACACUUUGACAACCCAAAAGGCAGUGUGACAUUUAUGGACAAUAAUCCAACUCGCGCUGGAUUUGAUUCAAGUGAGACCACACGUAAAUCGCCAAUAACAGAUGAUGAACAUAAAGAUUCGUCCAAUGUUGACAGUACGAUUCAACUUUCGUUAAGAUCGGAAGCAGUAAAAAACAAGUUCGAAACGGAAAUCACCCAAGAACAUGUUGAGAAUAUACGGGAAUGUUUCUCGGGUGUCUAUUCCCAAACUGCUUCACUAUUACCUUCAGCUCCAGAAGUGUCAACAGAAAGUACUGCUAACGUUGAAGCAACGCAGCAACGAAUCGACCACUCUCUGGAAGAUGCGAGGAUACCGGAAAUGAGGAUCCUUCGAGACGAUGCUGAACUCAAAAGUAUUAUGAAGAAAGGAGGCAAGGCAAAUGCCUUUGGGAUUCCUAGUUAUAGAAAGGAUUGUAAAACCGAGGAUUUGGCAAGUUUUAUGUCAAAUUCUGAAGAAAGUGGUAGCGCUGUGAAUUCCGAUGAGGAAAUUAUAUCAGCGGAUGGUAUUCCUACCACAGGUUAUACCGCGCGAGCUAAGAUAAAUGGCAUGAAUGAGUACUUUGAACAACUGAAUGACCAUCCUAAAGAUUUGACCAAAGAUCAGACCAAAAACAACAAUGUCCAGAAAAGUAUUACUGCUAUGAGGCCAGAGGUUGCUGAAAAUGUAAAUGCGGACAAUUUAACAGAUGAACGAUUGACGCCAUGGCUCAGUUUUGGGUCUUCGCUUGCGAGUUUAAUCUACAAGGGGUUGCACCCAGAUGUUUGAAGACAGUUUGCCAGCUUUUACGCCGGUUUGAUAUAAGAGUUUGUAUUAAUUGCUAGUGUAUUUAUAUUUAGUUGAACUUAAAGUGCAAAAUAUCUGCUCGUGGUGUGUAAGGUCCAGGAAUAUCGUCAAAUCGAGCAAUGUAUAUCCCAUAAAAUAUUUUUAUAACCUAGUUAAACGAAUAAAACCAUUAUUUACAUGAUUGAUUGAUUGAUUGAUUGAUUGAUGGAUGAUACAGAUAACAGGCCGUUUAUAAGAGCUCAUAUAAUUUGUGAGUCUUGAGUUAUAAAUUUCAUAAAAUUUAAACAAAAACACAAUAUGGGUCAUAAUGUUGGUUUGUUGUCAUAAAAAACAAUUAAACUAAGCAUUCAUGUCGCGUUUGGAUUUGUAACAUUAGAAUUGUUAGCCAGUGCUACAAGAGAGAAUGUAUUUAUGAUUAUUAACAUAUAUAUAUCUGUGAUAUUAUUAUGUUGUUAAGCUUAUACUAAUUUAUUUUAUCUAAAAUGAAUAUAAAGCCUAAGGCUUAUUUGAAACGCCCUCGAGGCCGUUUCCUGGGACAACCACCAAUACUUGAUGUCUUUAGCACUUCUAGGAGGUUGUCAGAACGUUCCCACAGUGGGGAUCGAAUCAACGAACGUGUGACCUCCCGGUAGACAGGCUGACACCAUAUCCAAUACGCAAUGUUGACAUCAAUGCUGUUAAGUGAUGCACUCCUUAUUUACAACCAUAAAAUAGUAUUGUGAAGAGGAUAUUUGCUGGUGUUGCUAGAUUAUCAAUGUUCAUUCAGACUUGAUAAGAGCAUUUGAUAUUUUCACAUCUGACGCAGCCAUGAGUGAAAAUAUUAUAUAUUGUUUUACAUUUAAGCACACGUGAAAAAAAAUCGAUUAUCUUACCCAACACAUUUGUGUUUGCUUUUCAAACAUAUAUAUUGAUUUAAAAAAAAAUAAAAUGGAUAAUUUUCCUUGGAUAAUAAUAUCAUAACACCAAACAACGAUUUCAUUUCACAGUAUAUCAGAGUCAAUUCUCGAUAUUUUUUCAUUGUUAUUGGUAAUAAUCAGUGAAUUAUCGUUUUAAUAACCCUGAAAAUACAGAAAAGCAUCAGAUUAAUAUGUUGAAUGAAUUUUUAUGCCCCCAAAGGAGCGCAUACUAGUAUUGUGAUCGGACCGUCCGUCCGUCUGUCUUUCCGUCAAACUUUACGUUUAGGUUUUGAAAAAUGCUCAUAACUUCUAUGUCGCUUCAGAUAGUAACUUGAUAUUUGGCAUGCAUGUGUAUCUCAUGGAGCUGCACAUUUUGAGUGGUGAAAGGUCAAGGUCAUCCUUCAAGGUCAAAAGUCAAAUAUACGGCUUCAAAGCGGCGCAGAAGGGGGAAUUGCGUUUUUGACAAACACAUCUCUUGUUUAUCUUAAGCAUUCUAGGUGUGAUGUUCUGUUAUGUGUAUCACUGUUAUUUACAAUAUAAUUAGUAUUUAGUAUUAUUUUAUUAGUAUUAAUAGAGACCUAAGAAAAGUGAUUUCGAAUUCAAAUAAAAUAUUUUGUAUUUUAAUUGAAUGUAUGAUAUGAAUGUAUCCUUCAUCAUUGUUAUCACUGAUUUUCCUCAAAUAUUUUGUAUCAGAAAUCAAUACAUAACAGUGAACAUUUCAAUCAGAAUGCGUAAGCCUUAUCAUUUUGUGUGUAACAACAUGUUAUGAGUGUAUAUAUAAGUAUUUUAUUUCUUUAUUAUAAGAUCUGACGCGUGUUGUCAUUUCAUCCAAUAUUUUAUUUAACGAGUUCAGGAAUUGUGUUUCUACGGAAGCCUAAAAGACUUUUUUCCUGGACAAGUUUAAUAAAUUAUGCUUCGUAAUGACAACCAAUGUCAGAUAUCAAAUAAUUACAGAAAAUUGACAUUUAUGUUAACGUCAUGUAAUUCCGGAAAGUGGUUUUACAAAGCUUAACGUUAGUUGACGUUUCAACCUCAUUUCAACAAAAUUAGACAACAUGACUGGUCAGUUUUACAAAAAAAGCCAACAAAAUGUGCCCAAAAACCUACACAACCCAUUUUAAGUAAAAUAUUCGUAAUGGUAAAGUUACUUUGAAAACAUGGUGUAACACGUGAUAAAAUUAAAAUAGUUCAUACAUUAUAUUGUAAGCCAACGGUCUGAUUAAUAUUUCUGUAUGAUUCUAUCUAUUUUGUGGAUAUGAGUUCCUAUGACGUUUGCAAUGUUGUUGAUUUUAACAAAUUUGUUGUGAUUGAAACCAAACAAGGACAAUCACAUGUUGUCAUUAAGAUUUUGUAUAUCAUAAUUCCGUAUGAUGCAACUCGGUUGUAAUAAUUCGAUUUUUCAUGGAUUUUGAUCGUUUCAGUAUUAUAUUUUUCAUUGAAGUUGGUUUUGAAUUCAGUAUGUUUUAUAUAGCCAGUCUAUUAUACACCCUAUUAGUAUGUGGUUGAAAUAUCUUGAACACUUUAUAAUAUGUUUGUUUGUUGUGUUUAUAUUUAUUUUUGAAAUCGCUGUGUUGUAUCCCCUUUUUAUGCCCCCCUUCGAAGAAGAGGGGGUAUAUUGCUUUGCACAUGUCGGUCGGUCUGUCGGUCGGUCUGUCCACCAGGUGGUUUCCGGAUGAUAACUCAAGAACGCUUGGGCCUAGGAUCAUGAAACUUCAUAGGUACAUUGAUUAUGACUCGCAGAUGACCCCUAUUGAUUAUGAGGUCACUAGGUCAAAGGUCAAGGUCACGGUGACCCGAAAUAGUAAAAUGGUUUCCGGAUGAUAACUCAAGAACGCUUAUGCCUAGGAUCAUGAAACUUGAUAGGUAGAUUGAUCAUGACUCGCAGAUGACCCCUAUUGAUUUUCAGGUCACUAGGUCAAAGGUCAAGGUCACGGUGACCCGAAAUAGUAAAAUGGUUUCCGGAUGAUAACUCAAGAACGCUUAUGCCUAGGAUCAUGAAACAUGAUAGGUAAAUUGAUCAUGACAUGCAGAUGACCCCUAUUGAUUUUCAGGUCACAAGGUCAAAGGUCAAGAUCAUGGUGACCCGAAAUAGUAAAAUGGUUUCCGGAUGAUAACUCAAGAACGCUUAUGCCUAGGAUCAUGAAACAUGAUAGGUAGAUUGAUCAUGACUUGCAGAUGACCCCUAUUGAUUUUCAGGUCACUAGGUCAAAGGUCACGGUGACCGGAAAUAGUAAAAUGGUUUCCGGAUAAUAACUCAAGAACACUUAUGCCUAGGAUCAUGAAACUUCAUAGGUACAUUGAUCAUGACUUGCAGAUGACCCUUAUUGAUUUUCAGGUCACUAGGUCAAAGGUCAAGGUCACGGUGACCCGAAAUAGUAAAAUGGUUUCCGGAUGAUAACUCAAGAACGCUUAUGGCUAGGAUCAUGAAACUUCAUAGGUACAUUGAUCAUGACUGGCAGAUGACCCCUAUUGAUUUUCAUGUCACUAGGUCAAAGGUCAAGGUCACGGUGACCCAAAAUAGUAAAAUGGUUUCCGGAUGAUAACUGAAGAAUGCUUAUGCCUAUGAUCAUGAAACUUCAUAGGUACAUUGAUCAUGACUGGCAGAUAACCCCUAUUGAUUUUCAGGUCAUUAGGUCAAAGGUCAAGGUCACGGUGACCCGAAAUAGUAAAAUGGUUUCCCGAUGAUAACUCAAGAACGCUUAUGGCUAGGAUCAUGAAACUUCAUAGGUACAUUGAUCAUGAUUCGAAGAUGACCCCUAUUGAUUUUCAGGUCACUAAGUCAAAGGUCACGGUCACUGUGACAAAAAACAUAUUCACACAAUGGCUGUCACUACAACUGAGAGCCCAUAUGGGGGGCAUGCGUGUUUUACAAACAGCCCUUGUUCAUUUAGAAACACGCUAUUUAUAGCUUCAAAUUGUAAAUUAAUAUGUUGUUUUUUGCAUAACGGUACAUCAUUGAGGUUGUAAGGACUUUGUAUUUGUGUUUAUUAUUUUCGCUUUUUGUCACAUGGCCAAUACAUGAUUCAUAGGA